CAGUCAGAGAGGAGGCCCUGAAUGUAACAGUAGAGACAAUCCAGUUUUGAGCUGCAUCUUCCACCAAAGGCAGCUCAGCUCUCCCCUGCUCCAGCCCAGGGGGAAGGACUGACAGUGGAUUUUCUUUUUUUAAAAUAGCAUUCAGAAUCCCAAGUUCCUUCCUUUCGCUGCGGAGAAGAGAAGUGAGGGGAGAUACAGGAAAGUUUAACAAAAUGAAGAGAUGAGUUCAGUGUGCAACUCAUAAUUCCAUAAAUAAGGUCCUGGAAUUCCUAUCACUAGAUUUACUCAGGGAUCUAAAAAUUGGUGCUCUGUAAAAUAAAUCAAUCCACCCACCAAAGAAAAUGAGGAAACAUCGACAUUUGCCCUUAGCAGCAAUCCUUUGUCUCUUACUCUCAGGCUAUUAUAUGGCUAAUGCCCAACAACAGGAAAAUGUCAAAAUCGAUGCUGCUGCUGAUAUAAUAUUUCUAGUGGAUUCCUCUUGGAGCAUUGGAAAGGAACAUUUCCAACUUGUGCGGGAGUUUCUAUAUGAUGUUGUAAAACAAUUAGAUGUGGGUGGAAAUGAUUUUCGGUUUGGUCUGGUCCAGUUCAGCGGAAACCCACAUACAGAGUUCCAGUUAAACACGUAUCAUACUUUGCAAGAUGUCCUCUCCCAUAUUUCACACAUGACUUAUAUGGGGGGAGGAACCAAGACUGGACAAGGAUUAGAGUUCCUAAUUCGAAACCAUCUAACUAAAGCUGCCGGAAGCAGAGUGAGUGAUGGCACUCCCCAGGUUAUUAUAGUGUUAACGGAUGGACGAUCUCAGGAUGAUGUGACUCUGCCAUCAUCUGUUCUUAAAUCUGCUGAUAUAAACCUGUUUACCAUUGGAGUGCAGGAUGCAGUGGAAGGGGAAUUAAAGGAAAUAGCAAGUGAACCCCUUGAUAUGCACCUGUUCAACCUAGAGAACUUUACUGCUCUCCACGGCAUUGUAGGAGAGUUAGUUGCAAGUAUUCGCUCAUCAGUGACUCCAGAAAUGGCUGGAGCAAAAGGAGUGAUUAAAGACAUCACAGCGCAAGAAUCUGCUGACAUUAUUUUCCUUAUUGAUGGAUCAAACAACAUCGGUGCUGUCACUUUCGCAGCUAUUCGUGAUUUCGUUGCAAAUUUAAUUGAAAGACUCUCAGUCGGAUCUGAGCUCGUACGCAUUGGGGUGGUGACGUAUAGUGAUCGACCCAGAACUGCUUUCUUCUUGAACAGCCACACCCGAAAAGUUGAUGUUUUAGAGGCAGUGAAGGCCCUUAGUUUUCUUGGGGGUGAGGAGGCUAACAUUGGGGAAGCCCUUGAAUUCAUGGUGCAAAACCACUUCACCCGUUCAGGAGGCAGCAGGAUAGAGGAAGGUGUCCCUCAGAUCCUGGUACUGAUAAGUGGCAGUGAAUCUAGCGAUGACAUUAGAGAGGGGAUUUUAGCCAUGAAGCAAGCUAGUAUAUUCUCAUUUUGCAUCGGGGUCCAAAAUGCAGACAAUGUAGAGCUUCAGCAAAUUGCUACUGAUGGAAGCUUCGUAUUUACUGCCCUGGACACCCGUAACCUUGAUGAACUUGAAGAUCUCUUACUUCCAAACAUUGUUGGAGUGGCCCAGAGACUCAUUUUGUUAGAUGCCCCAACCAUUCUUACAGAAGUUGUUGAAGUCAACAGGAAGGACAUAGUCUUCCUGGUAGAUGGUACAACAGCUUUGGGAAAUGCCCCAUUUAAUGCAAUUCGUGAUUUUAUUGCAAAAAUCAUCAACAGACUGGAAAUUGGACCAGACCUGAUACAAGUUGCAGUGGCACAAUAUGGAGAUACUGUAAGACCAGAAUUCUAUUUCAAUACCCACCAGACCAAAAAAGACGUCCUUACCAAUGUUAGGAAAAUCAAGCCAGCUGGUGGAACUGCACUUAAUACAGGUGCUGCUCUGAGGCUUGUUAAAAACAACUUCUUCACCAGUGCCGUUGGAAGCAGGAUUGAGGAAGGUGUCUUUCCAAUGUUGGUCCUUAUUACUGGUGGUAAGUCCAGAGAUGAAGUUGUCCAAGCAGCACAAGAAGUAAAAAGAGGAGGGAUAGUGGUCCUUGCUAUUGGAGCCCGAAAUGCAGACCGUGCUGAAUUAGAGCAGAUUGCCUAUGAGCCAAGCCUGGUCUUCAGUCCCAGUGAAUUCCGCACCGUUGCACUAACAGCUAUUCUUCCUGAUGUUGUGACACCUAUAAGGACACUUUCUGGAACCCUUGUAGAAACAACACCUGUAGAAGUUCUGGUAAACAAAAGGGAUAUCAUCUUUCUUUUGGAUGGAUCAGUCAACGUUGGAAAUGCCAACUUCCCAUAUGUCCGUGACUUUGUUGUGAACCUAGUUAACUCCCUUGAUGUUGGAAUUGAUGAUGUACGAAUCGGCUUAGUGCAAUUUAGUGAGAAUCCAAAAACUGAAUUCUUUUUAAACUCUUUCCUAACAAAGGCAGAAGUGCUUAAUCACCUGAGGGGACUGAGACUCCUUGGGGGUUCAGUGCUGAAUACUGGUUCCGCACUAGACUUUGUUCUUGCAAAUCACUUCACUCAAGCCGGUGGGAGCAGGAUAGAUGAAAACGUCCCUCAGGUGUUAGUCUUCCUUGCGGCAGGGCCAUCUGUCGAUUCAUUCCAACAGGCUGCCAAUGCUUUAGCCCGUGCAAGAGUGCUAACAUUUUGCGUUGGUAUUAGAAAUGCAGAUCUGGCAGAACUUCAGCAGAUUGCAUUUAAUCCACAAAUAGUAUAUUUUAGGAACCAAUUCAGUUCUCUGGCAGAUUUACCACAGGAAAUGAUUAGGCCGUUGACAACAUAUGUUAGUGGAGAUGUGGAAGAAGUUGUAAUCACAUCAACAGACAACAAGAUUGAUAUCUUAUUCUUGUUUGAUGGUUCUGCAAACCUUGCGGGUCAGUUUCCAGCUGUUCGUGACUUUUUGCACCGAAUUAUUUCUGACCUGAAUGUGGGGCCUGAUGCCAUACGUGUAGCCAUGGCCCAGUUUAGUGACAAUGUACAAGUUGAGUUCAACUUCCAGGAUAUCCCCUCCAAGCAAGAAAUCCUUCAGAAAGUGAAAAGGAUGCGGAUAAAAGGAGGGAGAGCACUCAACAUUGGUGCUGCUCUAGAUUAUGCAAUGAGGGACAUCUUUGUGAGGAGUGCUGGCAGCAGGAUUGAGGAAGGUGUACCACAGUUCCUAGUGCUUCUUGCAGCUGGAAGAUCAAGUGAUGAUGUGGGUCGGACCGCUGAUGCUCUGAAACAAACGGGUGUUGUUACUUUUGUUAUCAAAUCCAGGACUGCAGAUCCUGGAGAAUUAGAAAGAAUAGUUUAUGCACCACAGUUCAUUCUAAAUGCUGACUCCCUUUCUAGAAUUGGAGAUAUACAGCCUGAGAUAGUCAACCUACUGAAAACCAUUGAAAUCAGACAACCAGAUGAUGAAGUUCAGAAGAAGGAUGUUGUGUUUCUGAUAGAUGGUUCUGAUGGCACCAGAAGUAGUUUCCCACAGCUGAGAGACUUUGUGCAAAGAGUGGUUGAAGGUCUGGCGGUUGGUCCUGACAAAGUCCGGAUUGCUGUGGUCCAAUACAGUAAUACAGUCAAAACAGAGUUCCUUCUGAAUGAGUACUCAGACAAGGCAGAUGUGAUCAGGGCCAUCCAGAUAGUGUCUGCUAUGGGAGGCUCUCCUGUUAACACAGGAGCUGCCCUUAAUUACCUGGUUAAUAAUAUAUUCACAAGGCAGGCUGGAAGCAGGGUGCUUGAAGGUGUCCCACAAUUCGUGAUCCUCCUGACUGCUGAAAAGUCAAGGGAUGAUGUUAGAAGGCCAGCCUUGGAUCUGAAGACAAGAGGUGCAGUGCCUUUGGGCAUUGGCUUUGGAAAUGCAGAUAUCGCUGAGCUGCAGGCAAUUUCAUUUGUUCCUGAAUUUGCUGUCGUUGUUUCUGGUGUCAGUGAACUGGGCAACAUUCAGCAGCUCAUAUCAGAAAGAGUGACUCGGCUGACCAAGGCAGAAAUAGAGGCUUUGACCCCAGACUUGACUUUUCCACUGCCUAGCCCAGGAGAUGGAAAGAAAGAUGUUGUAUUCCUUAUUGAUGGCUCCCAGUAUGCAGCUCCUGAAUUCAAUUCCAUCCGUGAGUUUAUUGAGAGACUUGUAAGCAAUUUGAAUGUGGGUUCUGAUAAUACUCGGAUAGCUGUAAUUCAGUUCAGUGAAGACUCCAGAGUUGACUUUCUGCUGAAUGCACACUCUACCAAGGAAGAGGUUCAAGCUGCAAUAAGAAGGCUAAGACCCAAAGGAGGGAGACAAGUGAACCUUGGUUCUGCUCUUGAAUAUGUUGCAAAGAAUAUAUUUACAAGGCCCUCAGGAAGUCGGAUAGAAGAAGGUGCACCUCAGUUUUUAAUAGUCCUGUUUUCCCGCUCACCUGAUGACGAUGUUGAGGACCCGGCAAUUGAAGUCAAACAAGUUGGUGUGGCUCCAUUUACUAUUGGAAAGAAUGUGGAUCCAGAGGAAAUGGUCAAAAUAGCUCUUAGUCCUGAGUAUGUGUUCCAGGUGUCAACCUACCAGGAUCUUCCUAGCCUGGAACAGAAACUGAUAAGUCCUAUUACAACCCUAACAACACAGCAGAUACAAAGACUCAUUGGUGAUAUCAGUCGCCCUACAGAUUUUGACAGUGAAGCAAAAGACAUUGUCUUCCUUAUUGACAGCUCUGACGAUGUUGGGGUAGAUGGCCUUGCUCAUGUUCGAGAUUUUGUUAUCCGAAUUGUCCAGCAACUAGAUGUUCGACCGAGUAAAGUGAGAAUUGGUGUCGUCCAGUUCAGCAAUAAUGUAUUUCCUGAGUUCUUCUUAAAAACCCACCAAACCAAGAAUUCUGUGCUACAAGCCAUACGCCGCCUACGGCCCAGAGGAGGUACUCCCUUGAAUGUUGGGAAAGCUCUGGAUUACGUGGUGAGGAACUACUUUGUCAAAUCUGCAGGGAGCAGAAGAGAAGAAGGAGUCCCACAGCAUUUAGUUCUUUUGCUUGGAGGGAGAUCCCAGGAUGAUGUCAGAAGACCUUCCAUUGUGAUGCAGUCAGCAGGGAUUAAGAGCCUCGGUGUGGGAGCCAAGAAUGCAGAUAGCGCAGAACUGCAAAGCAUUACCAGUGACCCCAGAACUGCAUUCAUUGUGAGAGAGUUUGCUGAACUCCCAGUAAUAGAGAAAAGGUUCUUUGCAUCAUUUGAGGCACCUCAAGAACCACCGGUGACACCAACUGAAAUCCCUCUCGAUGGUAAAAAGCAAGCAGACAUUGUCUUUUUGCUGGAUAGUUCCAUCAACUUUGGAAGAGAUAAUUUCCAAGAAGUUGUUGACUUUGUAUAUGGAAUAAUUGAUGCAAUUUAUGAAGUAGGUGACUCCAUUAAAGUUGGCUUAGUGCAGUAUAACUCGGAUGUGAGUGAUGAAUUCUUCCUGAAAGACUUCACUGACAAAGACCAGAUCUUAGAUGCGGUGAAGAAAAUCGUAUACAAAGGAGGGAGAAUUGCCAAUACAGGCUCAGCCAUCAAACACAUCCAAGCAAAACACUUUGUAAAGGAGGCUGGCAGCAGAGUGGAUCAGAAAGUCCCUCAGAUUGCUUUUAUUAUAACAGGAGGCAGACCAGAGGAUGAUGGGCAGACAGCUGCCUUAGGGCUGGCACGACAAGGUGUCAGGGUGUUUGCAGUCGGUGUGAAGAACAUUGACCUGGGUGAAGUUUCUAAGCUCUCCAGUGACAGCACCACAGGUUUUAGGGCUGCAACAGCCCAGGAACUCUCGGAGUUGAAUGAGGCCGUCUUGGUUACCUUGAAUGAUGUCAUGAAAGAGCAACUGUGCCGAGGUGUGGGAGAAGUCUCAAGAGAUUGUAAUCUGGAUGUUAUACUUGGAUUUGACGUCUCGGAUGUUGGAACAGGGCAAAAUAUAUUCAAUGUUCAGAGAGUGCUGGAGUCAAAAGUUGAAGACAUAUUGAACAGGAUUACUCAAAUGCAGAAAAUUAGCUGUACACGCAACCAGGCACCAACUGUGCGAGUAGCUCUCCUAGCACAAACUCCCUCUGGAGUUGUGGAAGCAUUUGACUUUUCCGAGUAUCAGCCAGAGUUGUUUGAAAAGUUCCAAGCCUUGCGCAAUGGUGGUCCAUACGUCUUAACAGCAGAGACUCUUAAGUCUUACCAGAAUAAAUUCAGAACAGCCCCUGCUGAAAGUGUCAAGGUGGUGAUUCACUUAACUGACGGCCUUGAUGGCCCCAGGGGGCAGUUAGCCGCUGCAUCUGCUGAUCUAAAGAGAGAAGGUGUUAAGGCUCUCAUUCUUGUUGGGUUGGAGCGAGUGCCAAAUUUGGAGGAAGUGAUGCAACUGGAAUUUGGGCGUGGUUUUACUUACAAUCGGCCUCUGCGUGUGAAUUUGCUGGAUUUAGAUUUUGAACUGGCAGAGCAACUGGACAAUAUUGCAGAAAAGGCAUGCUGUGGGGUCCCAUGCAAAUGCUCUGGAGAGCGAGGAGACAGAGGAUUGCCAGGUUCAUUUGGGCCAAAGGGAGUUCCAGGGGAAAAUGGCUACAGAGGCUACCCAGGAGAUGAAGGUGGACCGGGUGAACGUGGACCACCAGGAAUAAAUGGAACUCAGGGAUUCCAAGGCUGCCCUGGUGAAAGAGGAACUAAGGGGAGUCGUGGGUUCCCAGGAGAAAAGGGUGAUGUGGGAGAGAUAGGCCUUGAUGGAAUAGAUGGGGAAGAAGGAAAUCGAGGCCUUCCAGGUUCUCCUGGGGAGAGAGGGAGUCCUGGCAGACGUGGUGGCAAAGGAGUCAAAGGAGAAAGAGGAGAGCGAGGCGACCGUGGAUUGCGAGGAGAUCCGGGUACCUCAGGGACUGAUGCCACUCAGAGAGGACCCAGAGGCUCAAAGGGUGAACUUGGACCAACGGGGGAACCUGGAGGAGAUGGACCAGCAGGAGCCCCAGGAGGACCUGGAAGGAAUGGAGGAUUUGGAAGAAGAGGAUCUCCAGGAAACAAAGGAAACAAAGGUGCACCAGGUCCACCUGGAGCAGUGGGAGAACAGGGUACCAGAGGACCACAGGGACCACCUGGACCAAAUGGAACUCCUGGUCUUCGAGGAGAGCAAGGCAUCCCUGGUCCAAGGGGUGGUGGAGGUCCACCUGGACCUGCUGGGGAGCGUGGCAGGCUUGGUCCUCUUGGUAAAAAGGGCGAGCCUGGUGAUCCUGGUCCAAAGGGGCCCAUCGGUCCACCAGGGCCUCGAGGAGAGACGGGAGAGGAUGGGCGUGAUGGAGUUGGCAAGGCUGGAACUAAAGGCAGAAGGGGAGAACCCGGCUUCCCAGGAUAUCCAGGACCAAGGGGGACACCGGGAGAUCGUGGCGGCCCUGGUGAUCCUGGCCCCAAAGGAAGCAGAGGUCAUAGGGGACGGGCAGGAGAGCCUGGCUCCAUAGGCCAAAGAGGAGAGAGAGGAUAUCCAGGGCCAUCUGGACUUAAGGGUAACAAAGGAGAAUCAAGAGAUCAAUGUGCACUUGUACGUAACAUCAAAGAUAAAUGCCCUUGCUGUUAUGGUCCAAGAGAGUGCCCUGUUUAUCCAACAGAACUGGCCUUUGCUCUAGAUACCUCAGCUGGUGGAAGUACAGAAGCUUUCAGUAGAACGAAGCAGUCUGUGUUGUCAAUUGUUAACAAUCUCACAAUUGCUGAGAGCAACUGCCCACGGGGUGCCCGGGUUGCACUGGUUACUUACAACAGUGAAGUCACCACCGAGAUCCGAUUUGCUGACUCAAGGAGAAAGAAAAAUCUUGUGAAACAGAUUCAAGACCUCCAAAUUGCACAAACAUCAAAACCACGAAGCUUAGAAACAGCAAUGUCCUUUGUGGCCAGGAAUACCUUCAAACGGGCACGCAGUGGGUUCCUCAUGAGAAAAGUGGCCAUUUUCUUCAGCAAUGGACCGACAAGAGCAUCUCCACAACUGAAUGAAGCUGUGCUGAAGCUCUAUGAUGCUGGAGUUGUGCCUGUGUUCCUUACCAGCAGAGAGGAUAGGGCCCUUAUAAAUGCACUGCAGAUCAACAACACUGUAGGUGGGCAGGCUAUCACAUUUUCUGGUGGAGCAGAACAACUGGCCCAAACUAUUAGAAGAGUACUAACAUGCCAUGUGUGUCUAGAUGUAUGUGAUCCUGACGCCAGCUGUGGUCCCCAAAGGGGUGUCUUUGGCAGAGACAGACGGUCAGCCCCUACAGAUGUUGAUAUUGAUAUAGCAUUUAUCCUGGAUAGUUCUGACAGCACCACUCACCUGCAGUUCAGAGAGAUGAAGAAUUACAUUUCAUAUGUAAUAAGCCAGUUGGAAAUUAGCACUGAUCCCAAGGGAUCUCAGCACCAUGCCAGAGUAUCUGUCAUCCAACAUGCUCCUUAUGAGUUUGAGUCAAACUCAAGUACAUCUCCUAUCAAAGCUGAAUUUUCCCUGACUGACUAUACAUCCAAAGACAAGUUGAUGGAUUUUGUUAAGAACCAGAUGGUGCAGCUGCAUGGCACACGGGCAGCGGCAAGUGCAAUAAAAUAUACAAUGAGCCACAUCUUUGAGAGUGCACCAAAUCCCAGAGACCUCAAAGUCAUUGUGUUGAUGAUGACAGGAGACGUUAAAAAAGAGGAACUUGAACACCUUCAGAAAGUUAUUGUAGAAGCUAAAUGUAAAGGAUACUUUUUUGUCAUACUGGGCAUUGGCAGAAAAGUUAACAUCAAGGAUAUCUACAGUUUGGCAAGUGAGCCUAAUGAUAUCUUCUUCAAAUAUAUUGAUAAGCCAUCUGAGCUCCACGAAGAGCCUUUGCUUCGCUUUGGAAACCUCUUGCCUGCUUUUAUCAGCAGUGAGAAUGCCUUUUACUUGUCUCAAGAUGUCAGGAAACAAUGUGAUUGGUUCCAGGGUGAUCAGCCACUGAAAAAAUUUGGCCAGAAAGAAAUAAACAUUCCAAAUAAUGUCACUGCUACACCUACUGCAACAGAAAAACCAGAAGUGAUAAUGGUUAUGCACACCGGAGAAAUCCAGAUAACAGAUAUCACAGAAAACAGUGCUAAACUACACUGGGCGAACCCUGAACCCCAGCAUGCCUAUGUCUAUGACAUUACAAUCACAUCAGCCCAUGACAACUCUUUAGUUCUGAAGCUUAAUCUAACUGGUACCGAACGGGUCAUUGGAGGACUGGGAAGUGGUCAGAAGUACCAUGUCAUUGUUACAGGCUACCACAAUGCACAGGCCAAAGCUACUUACAAGGGGACAUUUAUUACAAAGAGCAUGCCCUUGCCCAAGAUGCCUGCAGCAGCCAGUGCCAAUCUAAUGGUAAACACUGAACCACUGCCAGGACCUGAGACAGAUCCUUGCUUGCUGGACCUUGACAUGGGCACGCAGUGCAAGGAGUAUCAGGUUAAGUGGUUCUUUGACUACAAAAACAAGAUCUGCACCCAGAUUUGGUAUGGUGGGUGUGGCGGUAACGCCAAUAGAUUUGAGACAGAAGCUGACUGCAUUGGCAGAUGCUUGAAGCCAUCAGAUGAGGGAGUCAUGGAGCUGCCUGUCCUUGAGAAAAGUCACUUGUCAGCCACAGAUAUUUGUAACUUGAUAAAAGAAGAAGGGACCUGUAGAGAAUUUAAGCUAAAAUGGUAUUAUGAUCCAAAGACCAAAAGCUGUGCCAGAUUCUGGUAUGGUGGUUGCGGCGGCAAUGAAAACAGAUUUAACACACAGAGAGAAUGUGAACAGCUCUGCAUGUCAGCAAACAUCAGUCCUAGCAUUGUGACAACUAUAGGAACUUAAACCACCUGCAAAAUGUCAACACAUACCUCUAAGAGAACCAGGGGUCAGCCAUUGCCAACGUACCCCACGUAGAAGCUAAGGGUAUGGGCUACCUUGCACUGUGCUGUUUCUGCUUUACGUUCCAAGCAAACCUUGAAGAAAGUGUUUUGCUGUACGACUUUAUCAAUAUGGUGCUAAACUGUUUGUGGACUAAAUGCUAAAUAUGUCUGGGAUAUAUUCUAUACUUUCAACAUUAUGUAAUAUUUACCCACCACAGAUCUUAUUUGUUUGAAAAAAUACAGUUUUCUUUGGAUUCCGGCAUCGUGCCUAUUUUGGGCAAUGUAAAGACUAGAAAAUAAUGAAAAAAUAUCACUGCAACUGUUAUGUACUUGCUUUUAUCAUUUCCAUAACUGAGCAUAACUUUAGAUGGAAAGCCUUUCUAUAAAAGGAAUAGUCAGUUCUGAAAUGCAAGCAGUCCAACUUUUCAUUCUGUUUUAACUCUUACUGGAUAGAUUUUGUACUAAUUCUUUUUUAUGCAUAUGUGAUCAAACCAACCAGAAAAGAAUGCAACAUUUCUUCAUACAGAUGCACUGCUGGGACCAACGACUGAGUUUUUAAAGAAAAAAGGCACGGCACAGGGUGUUUUCGGCAAUCCUCUAAUGUGUGUUUUACAAUUUUUAAAUAUUUUGGCAGGGGUGGGAAUUCUAUUUUUAUUGUGGUUUUGUUUCUAGGAAAUCUAUACAAAAGAACUUUAAAUAAAGUUUAAUUGUGGUUUUCAAAAAAAAA